UGCUAUUUUAUCAUAAAUUAUGACAUAAUUAUUGUUUCUUUACAAGUGAUGAUAGCUCUUUCAACCUAACAUUUUAUACUAUUUAACUUUUAUUUAAUGUACUCUCACGGAUACACUUCCGUAUUUUACCCUUGUCUAGAAUGAAAACCCGACAUGUUUGUGUGGUUGGUGCUGGAGUUGUUGGCCUUUCCUCUGCUGUAUGUAUCCAGGAGCAGCUGCCCGAUGUCCACGUCACUCUGGUGGCAGACAAAUUCUCCCCCCAUACCACGUCAGAUGGGUCAGGUGGGUUUUGGUGUCCUCAUGACCUGGGAAAUACACCUGAGGCACUGAUACGGAAAUGGGGCAAGGAGACACUUGAUUACAUCCUGUCACUAAUCAAGUCUUCUGACGCUGCAGUUGUCCAAGCACAGAUGUUAUCUGGCUACAUGAUGUCAUCUUCUGUCCAGGAGGAACCAGAUUAUAAAGAUCUCUGUUUUGGUUACCGACUGAUGACCAGUGAAGAAUUGAAAGAUUUUCCAAAUAUGAAGUGGGGUUACUUUUACACAACAGUUCAGAUUGAUGUUAAGCCCUAUAUGCAGUGGCUAAUGAGACGAUUUAAAGAGCGCGGAGGGCGUGUUGAAGUUCAGACUGUAUCAUCCAUAGAUCAGCUGUCGAAGCACUGUGAUGUUAUAGUGAACUGCUGUGGAUUGCGGGGUGGCAUUCUGGGCUGUGAUAAAGAGGUGUAUCCAAUCCGAGGACAGGUGAUGCGGGUGGUGGCACCAUGGAUAAAACACUUUUAUAUUUGUCUGGAUGAAGGAAGUGAAACCUAUUUCAUUCCUGGUACGACAAACAUUGUUAUUGGUGGAACAGAGCAAGUAAACCGGUGGGAUGAGGAAGUGGAUGAAAAUGAUCACCAGAGAAUCUGGAAACGUGCCGUUCGCUGCAUACCCAGUAUCCAACAUGCAAAAAUCGUCACCAGGUGGGUUGGUCUGAGACCUGCACGAUCCACAGUUCGUCUGGAAGCAGAGCGAAAGAAUAAUUCUGUCUGGAUUGUGCACAACUAUGGCCAUGGUGGAUCUGGUGUCACUCUACACUGGGGAUGUGCCCAACACGCAGCCAGUCUAGUUGGUGACUGCCUGAGAAAACUGGAAUCCACUUCCAGACUUUAGACAGACAGUCUCACAGUUGCAGUAACAUCACAGUUUAAAUUUGGAUGAUGUCUGCUCAUUGACAAAUUACUGGCUGCUAUUUCGGUGGUGGAGAUUUUCUAUGCACUUCAUAUUUUUCGCCAAGGAUUCCUGAGAAAAUCACUGUUUUAAUUACCCUGAGUGGCAGCACAUUACAAUUUCGAUAUGUUCAAG